AACAACUAGUAAAUUUGCUGUAAUUUUCAUUGCAUGGAUACAGAAUUGACCUCCUAGUUCGAGCAAGGUCGUACAGGUUAGGUUAGAUUCAACGUUAUGUCUAAACGUCCAGAACGCUUAGCACCUCCUGAGGUGUAUUACAAUGAAACAGAAGCUAAAAAAUAUACACAAAGUUCCCGUAUGAUAGAAAUUCAAGAACAGAUGUCUGAACGUGCUAUAGAAUUGCUUAUGUUACCUGAAGAUCAGAGCUGUUUGCUUUUGGAUAUUGGUUGUGGUUCAGGCCUUAGUGGUAGUGUGUUGGAAGAUAAAGGACAUACAUGGAUAGGAGUUGAUAUUUCUUCAGCUAUGCUAGACAUAGCUAAAGAGAGAGAAAUAGAUGGCGAUUUGAUAUUAGGAGAUAUGGGUCAGGGACUGCCCUUUAGAGCUGGCAUAUUUGAUGGCGCCGUCAGUAUUUCAGCAUUGCAAUGGUUGUGUUAUGCAGACAAAACUUCACACAAUCCAGUGAAGCGUUUAUAUAGCUUUUUCUCAUCAUUGUUUGCAUGCUUGUCGAGAAAUGCCAGAGCAGUGUUACAAUUCUAUCCUGAGAACAGUGAUCAAGUUGAAUUAAUCACUGCGCAAGCUACAAAAGCUGGUUUUUUUGGUGGCGUACUUGUGGAUUAUCCAAACAGUACAAAAGCGAAAAAAAUGUUUUUAGUUUUAAUGACAGGUGGAGCUGCUCCGCUCCCAAAGGCACUAGGCACUGAGAGUGAAGAUAGACAAACUAUUGCUAAUUCAAAAAGGGAAUAUAUAAAGCAAGCUAGAGGUAAAUCACUGAAAAAAAGUAGAGAAUGGAUUCUUGAAAAGAAGGAAAGGCGACGACGACAAGGAAAUCAAGUUAGAGCCGAUACAAAGUAUACCGGACGAAAGAGAUCUGGGCGAUUUUGAGAUGUAUUCAUAAGA